AUGAAAAGGCAAAGAUCCUCAGGAACCACCAGCACAGAAGACAACACUGACAGCAGUGAGCUGGAUGACUCCUCACUGCUCAGGACCUCUUGGUCCUUGGUGGAGACUAUGAACUACGUGGGUCAGCUCGCCGGGCAGGUGCUGGUCACCGUCAAGGAGUUGUACAAGGGCAUUAACCAGGCCACGCUGUCUGGAUGCAUCGACGUCGUGGUUGUCCGCCAGCGGGACGGCACUUACCAGUGUUCGCCCUUCCAUGUGCGCUUCGGCAAGCUGGGCGUGCUGCGCUCCAAAGAGAAAGUGAUUGACAUUGAAGUAAAUGGAGAGCCUGUGGAGUUGCAAAUGAAACUGGGGGAUAAUGGCGAAGCUUUUUUCGUUCAGGAAACUGAGCAGCAGAAUCAGCUUGUCCCUGCACACCUUGCUACAUCCCCAAUCCCGACAGAGAGCCACCUUUUUUGGAUCUCAGAGGUGGAAGGCCGACCUUCGAAAGGCUUGGAAGAUGACGAUCAGGAAGAUUCACCUGCGCCUGCUAGCGUGUCUACGAAAAAAAAGAAAAGACGGCGGAAGAAGCACAAAGGAGACCCCCGGAGAGAAGAGCUGACUCCCCCAAUGUCGGUCACCCCCGCUGUUGCUGCUAACACACCUGCUGCUACUACCAACGAGGACAUAUUUGAAAUGGACCUGAGUUCUGAUGAAGACGUUGCAGUGCCACAUGUGUCCAGAUCACCCUCAAUGUCCACAGUACGAGACGUUGAUCCCAGACUCCCUGCGGCCAGACACAUUCUGGAUGGUUACGCGCUGUCUGAUGGUGACUGGAACACAAAUGACAGCCAUGGCUUAUCCCAGGCCUUUUCACCAAAGAGUGAUUCUGAAUUGAUGGUGAGACCUUCAGAGACACUGCUACGAGCUGAGUCACACAUGCAGUGGACCUGGGGAGAGUUUCCAGAAACAACUCGGGUGAUUAAAAAAGACAAAUCAGAGCUCCUUAAAAUGGUGACCAUCACCCCGACGGAGAACACCCAUUUCCGCGUCAUCCUGAGUUCCGAGGCCAUGGAGGAUGAUGGCGAAACAGAUGACGGCAACCACCUAGCGUGUGCUAUCGUCAAACCUGAGCCGCGCACCCUUACAAGCACCGUCACCACUGUGUGUGAGACUUCCACCACUCUCACGGAGCCUGUGGACUUGCUUCCGUACAACGUAGUCACCUCCACACCGGCUAACAGCCAGCAGAGUGACUCACCUUCAAAGAAGAAAGGUGUCCCAAAGAGAAGCCAUCAUCAGGGUCCUGAGGACAUCUACCUGGACGACCUAAAUGCACUUGAGCCCGAUGUAGCUGCUAGAUAUUUUCCCAAGAGCGAGGCUGAGGCAGCCGGAAAGCACUGGAUGGAGGCAGAGAUUCGCUCGGGUUCGCAGUCCCCGCAGUCGGUCGGCAGCGCCGCGGCCGACAGCGGCACCGAGUGUCUUUCGGAUUCGGCCGGUGACCUCCCGGACGUCACGCUGUCGCUGUGCGGAGGCCUUACAGAGAAUGCGGAGAUAUCCAAAGAAAAGUUUAUGGAGCACAUUAUCACCUACCACGAGUUUGCCGAAAAUCCAGCAAUUAUAGAUAACCCCAACCUUGUUGUAAAAAUAGGAAAUAGAUAUUAUAACUGGACUCUUGCUGCACCCUUGAUUCUAAGUCUACAAGCAUUUCAGAAGAAUUUACCAAAGGCUACAGAAGAGGCCUGGGUGAAGGAGAAGAUGCCAAAGAAGUCGGGCCGCUGGUGGUUCUGGCGAAAAAGGGCGGACAGUUCAGUCAAGCAGUCUGAGAUUAAGCUUGAAACCAAGGAGGAAUCUCAGUCAGGUGAGGAAGGAAUUGCCAUGACACAGGAGAAUCGCAGCUUAUUGACUAAAAGCAAUGACUCGUCCAGCGACGAAGAGGGCAAAGAGGUGAGCGCCGCGUCGUGUCAGGAGAGGCAUCAGCUGAGUGAUGGUCUGCAGCACUCCGGUGCGCACGCGUACAGGAAGUCGCUACGCCUCUCCUCUGAUCAAAUCGCCAGUCUGAAACUGAAGGAGGGCCCCAACGAUGUGACAUUCAGCAUUACCACACAGUACCAAGGGACGUGCCGCUGCGAGGGAACCAUCUACCUGUGGAACUGGGAUGACAAAGUCAUCAUCUCUGACAUCGAUGGAACCAUCACUAAGUCUGAUGUGUUUGGACAGAUCCUACCGCAGCUUGGGAAAGACUGGACCCACCAGGGGAUCGCCAAGCUCUAUCACUCAGUAGCUGAGAAUGGCUACAAAUUCUUGUACUGCUCGGCCCGCGCCAUCGGUAUGGCGGACAUGACGAGGGGCUACCUUCAGUGGGUCAACGAUGGUGGCACCAUCUUGCCCCGUGGGCCCCUCAUGCUCUCCCCCAGUAGCCUGUUCUCUGCCUUCCACAGGGAGGUCAUAGAGAAGAAGCCUGAAAUCUUCAAGAUCGAAUGCCUGACUGACAUCAAGAACCUGUUUCAGCACAACAAACAGCCGUUCCACGCCGCCUUCGGCAACCGAGCCAACGAUGUGUUUGCGUACAAGGAGGUGGGAGUUCCCGUUUGCCGGAUCUUCACUGUCAAUCCGAAAGGAGAGCUAAUCCAGGAACAGACCAAAGGCAACAAGUCCUCUUAUGGCAGGUUGAGCGAGUUGGUUGAGCAUGUGUUCCCACUGCUGAGCAAGGAGCAGAAUGAGGCCUUUGUCAUGCCUGAGUUCAGCUCCUUCUGUUUCUGGAGGCAACCCAUUCCAGCUGUGGAUCCUGCGGACCUGCUUUGA